AUAACUCACAUGACAGUGACGUCACGCGGAAUGUGGACCGCAGAUACAUAUUGUUUGAAAUAACUGACCCGAAAACAAACGGACAGACCAGAGCUCCACAACAUGUUUCGUUCUUUCUGCUGCUGCUGCUUCUUGGGAGAAAACUCUGUGAGCGAGAGGCGACCUCUCCUGCAGCCCAGACCAUCAGACCUGAGUGAAGCUGUUUCAGCAAGGCAGAUCCCAUCAACCCACAGUGCACAAAGAGCGAGGCAGAGUGGCAGGCUGGUGCUGAGGAGAGUGGGUGUGCCAGAGUUGGACCAGAGGUUUUCUGAUGUGACCGAGACCUUCAAUGAACAGCAGCACCAUUAUGAGUCCAUGGUCCAACACAUCAGCAGCCUGCGACAGAGCUGUGAAUGUUCCCAUGGUGACAUGCUGGCUUUUUCUGAGUGCGUUGCGAAGGUCAAAGAGGAGCACCAGGCCAAAUACAAGGUGUCACUUAAGAUGAAAGGCUAUGACUUCUGCCUGAGUGUGGUUCCUGUGGGGUUAAACAGUGAAUGUGCAGAGGGACCAGAGGAAAUUCUGCCUCCACAUUUGAAGUUGGCUCAGGAUGAACUGAGGGGCACUUCCGAGCGUGCCAGAUCCACCAUCUCCAGGGGCACCAUGCUUCAAGAACUGUUUGGCUGGCUGCUCCGCAGCAGUGACCAAAUGGCUGAACAGGUGAAGGAGGCAGCACCAUCUUAUCAAGAACAAGGACGACUGAGCGAGAACCUGGAAGAGAACAUGAGGGAAGUGAGAAGGGUGAAGGAGUUGUCGUUGGGAUACAGACAACAAGCUGGUGAAAUCCUCACCGAGGCUGCACAAAUCGCAGGGGCUAAUUUGUAGUUUAUGUACAUUUUGAGUUCCAGUCCACAUAGAUUACAAAGAUUACAUAUACUGGUGUAUAUAAACCACAGUGCCACACACAAGGCUACUGUUACAGGUCAGUCAAAACAACACUAGGAAUGUCAGAAAUAUCAGAUAAUCAGACACACAUAAUAAUAAUGUGAGGCAUGUAGCAAAAGGUACUUUGGACAUGAAUACUCGCACACAUAUUCACUUUUUACUUGCACUCGCAUCUAAAACAUUAAUCUAUUAACUGUGUAAAGAAUGGAAUUUUCCUGUAUAUUUGUAAUUUGACCAGCUAACACUAGGGGGCAUUACAUACUGUGACAUGCUUUGUCAUACAGCAGUAAAGAAUAUUUUUACUCAGAUUAUUUUAGAAAUGCACUUUCAGGAUCAAGACUAAAUUGUAGAAUACCAGAAUCAAGUCUCAUGAUAAUGAAUAUAUUGCUUUUUUAAUUGUACUGUAUUAUGUUUUUGUAAAACGUUGCAUGUCGGAAGGAAUGUUUUUAAAUGUACAGUACAUGCAGGUUGUAAACUGCACCUUGAUAGAAUAGUAUAAUUGCAUAGAUGACAAGACUGCUCGGGUUUAGUGACUUAUAGCAAAAAAGAAUUCAAACUCAGCUUGAGAUUUAAUGUGACUGUUUGUGACCUUCUGCUGUUGUAACGUUCAGACAGAGCAGAUUUAAUCCUUAUUAUCCACAGAAGCCCUGUUGCAUUUAUCAACUGAUUAAAAGCUGCAACCUC